GUUUAUGACUUGUUUUUGAAACUGAAGGGAACAAUAAUUCAUUCGUUAUCAUCGAAGUCAUGGACUAGUGCAGAUAAACGAAACAGCGCUAUUGACAUGAUAAGGAAAACUGAAUAUUCAGCAAUAAAUAUGGAUAAUUUUAACACUCAAAUCAAAGCGUUCUAUGAGAUAAUAGAUAAA